AUGGAAAUUCAACUUUAUAGAAAUGUAUUUAAAAAUGUAAUAUUAAAAAGACAAAUAUCAUACCAUGUACAUUGUAAUCAUUCAAAGUUUAGUUGUGGCAUAAGACAAGACAAUGAAUUUGAUCCAAAUCAAUUGGUUCGAUUAAAUCGUUACGAUUUAAUCAAUUCAAAAUUUAUGUAUAUUAUAUUUCCUGCAACUUUAAUUGAAAAACGUAAAUCCAACUCUUCCAAUUCAAGUUCCAAUUCUUCUUCUUCUAGUACUAUUUCAUUUUUUGAAGAAGAAGGAAAUAUGGCAAAUAAUAAUUUUUAUUAUCAUUGGUCAGUUUCAACAUUGAUUCAUUUAAUGGACCAUGAAUAUAGAAAAUUUAUUUCACCUUUAUCACAUUCACCACAUUCACAACAUUCCCAUCAAUCCUCCUCCUCAUCUUCAUCUUCAUCUACUUCAUCACCCUAUUUUUCACCAAUAGCAAUAUCACCAAGAAUAUCACCUUCAUCCUCUUCCCCUGUAUUAUCAAUGAUGGACCCAUCCAUUUCAUCCGAUGUAUCAUCAACUUGUUGUAUGUCUCCAAGUUUUCAAUCCUUCCACAAUAAUCAUACACCCGUCUCUACCAAUAUUAAAGAAUCAAUAAUAUUGAGACUUUUAAAUUUAUUUGAACAAGAUACAACGAGACCAUAUUUUGAAAGAUGUGUACAUUUUACAUCUACCGUACUCAUACAUGCCAUUCGAUUAGAAUGGAAACAAGUCAUCAUUGAUAUAGUCCGUACCAAUCCACAAUCUGUAACUGAUAAAUGUUGGAAAUCUGCCUUUGAAUAUGGAGUUCGAGACCUCUCUAUUUUGGAUACACUUGCUCAAGGAAAAUACUUUUAUUUCGAGGCCAUUUCAUCACUUGUUCAACUACCAAACAUUGCCGCCAAAAAAGGUCGACUCGAUCUAUUAACUUGGUUACAUCAAAACAAAUUCAAACUUGGUCGUGCUACCGCCGAUUAUGCCGCCGAGGCUGGUCAUUUGGACUGUCUCGUUUUUCUACUGGAAACUGCCAACUCUGAAUACAACAGAGCCUACGACUUGGCAGUUCAAAAUAAUCACAUUCAAAUCAUCUUUUACCUUGAACAUUCUUACAAUGCUCUACCUACUCAUUCAACUAUUCAAAAUGCUUGUAAUAAUAAUAAUAUAAAUCUUAUUCAAAAUUUAUUAUCAAAAUUACAAUUAAUUCAAUCAAAUCAAACUAUUAAUAAUCAACAAAAUAAUCAACAACAACUACAAAAAAAAGGAAUAACAUUUAAAGGAUUAAUUAAAAAAACCUUUAAAUCUUCUUCUUCAUCUUCUUCUUCAACUUUAAAACCAAAUAGAAUCUCUCUAGUAGAAGGAGAUUUUAGAUGGGUAGAAAUAGCAACACAAAAAGGACAUUAUCAAUUACUUCAGUAUUUAUUAAAUAAUGGUAAUGGAAUUCCAUUAUUUGAAAUGAAUAGUUCAAUACCACUUGGAAGUUUAUGGAAUCAUGCUGCAAGUGUUGGUGAUUUGGAGAGCAUGUCGGUAUUGAAACCAUUCCUUGCUCAACAAGAUUAUAAAUCUCAAAACCCAAGAGCAAUGUAUUUGGCUGCUAGCAAUGGUCAUGAUAAAUGUUUAAUAUUUGCAAAUGAAUCAAAUUUGGAAUCCAACAACGAUCAAUCAUAUAUCAUUUCAACAUUUGAAAAAUCUUUAGAAUCUUUAAAUAUUGAUUGUAUCAAAUAUUUAUUAAAUCAAUUUUCUAGAGAAACUAUUUCAAUGAUUGAUAUUUCAGUCAUGGUUGAUUGUAAAGAUUCAAAAAAGAUUUUAGAAAUUCUUAGAUUAUUAUCACAAUUUCUAUCAGACGAACAAAUGAAAAAGAUUCCCAUUUCAAUCAUAGUUGGAUCAUUAGAAAUUUUCAAAUACAUCGAAGUUUACUAUCCACAAUUAUUAAUUGAUAGUACAGAGUUUUUAGAUUUGGCUGCCAUGUCUAAUCGAUUAGAUGUAUUGGAAUAUAUCAUUUAUCAAAACAAACGUCAUAAUUGGAGAUGUACAACCAAUGCACUCAUCGUAGCAGCCAAACGUGGUUAUAUUGGUGUUGUAAAGUGUCUCUUUACUCUGUUAUCGGAACAUGAAUUCUCUAGAAAACUUAAAAAGACUUGUUUGUUGGGUGCAAUUGGAAAUGGCCACGAAAAGACAACCAAAUUUUUGUUGGAUCAUUUUGGUAUGGGAUUGGAUAUUUGUGAUGUUUGUGAAUUAAUCAAACAUUGCUGCAAAACCUAUCAAACCAAUUUACUCGAUAUUCUGACACAUCAUCUUUGGAAAUAUGUUGGUUGUGGAGUUGAUGGAAUGCGUUUAGAAUGGGAUGAAGAGUUGGGAGGUCAAUUUUGUCGUCAUUUCCCAACACUUCUCUACAUGUUGGAUCACUUUCAAUCGGUCAGCGUAUUUGAAAGAUACUUUUUAGAUUUUAUCCGUAGUGGCAGUGAUAUGGAAGUUGAUGUAUUUGCUUUGGUCUAUGAACGAAUGGAAAUCACUCUACCAAGUCGAAACGGUCUCCAAAUCCUAGCCGAAGCCGUCAGUUUUAAUCGUUCCGAACUACUUGUCUAUCUCUUGAAAAAGGUUAACCUCCCUCUUACCGAUCAUUUUAAAUCCUACAUUCAUUCAAUCCUUGAUAAAAAUCAAAAAGAUACAAAUAGUAGUAAAAUACUUGAAAAUUUUAUAAAAUUAAAUAAUCUCUAA